GAGCACGUUCUAGCAGUUCUUGAACAGAUGACGCGAUAGCGCCUGACCUUGUCCCCUUGAUGGCCGCUGGAGAUGGCUCGUCUGAGCCGGGCAACGAGGAGAAGCCUCAAAAUGAGACCGAAACGCCUGGGAAGCCCACAAAAGCAGAGUCGACUGCGGACGAGUCCCAAGACGACGAGGAAGACGAAGAAGAGGAAGAGCCACAGCUGAAAUAUGCCACCUUGACAAAAACUGUGAGCCCAAUAUAUCGCAAUGGAGAUGCGACAAGUACUUUCCUGGUAGCAGGGGAUAAAAUGAUCGUUGGAACUCAUAAUGGGAACAUCCACGUCUUCUCCUUGCCCACCUUCAGUCCGUUGAGAGUAUAUCAUGCGCACACCGCCAGCGUAUCUGCGAUCUCAAUAUCCCCUCCCAUUCCUCCUAUCUCGAUCCUUCGACCAGACCCUCCUCCCAAGCCGACGGCUGAUCAUCCACUCUCAAGGAGUAGAUCGCCCACAGGCUCUCCUGCAGGGAAAGGGAAACAGCAGCAACAAUUACCACCCGUGCCGAAUACUCCUUCGAACCAGAUCUACAUAGCCACGUCCUCCAUCGACGGUAAUGUCUGUAUCGCUUCGCUGGUGGAUGCUCGAGAUGUCCAACUACGCAACUUCGGCCGGCCGGUGCAGAGCGUUGCACUCUCGCCUGAAUACAAGUCAGACCGGAGCUACUUGUCUGGCGGCCAGGCUGGUAGUUUGGUAUUAACAACUGGAGGGCAGGCUGGGAAAAGCGCAAAUGCGACUACAACUGGUACGGCGGCGGCCGCCUCGGGCUGGUUGGGCUCACUAGGACUGGGUGCCAAUACGGGUACAGACAAGGUCCUGCACAGUGGAGAAGGCAUCAUUAGCACAGUCAAGUGGUCCCUCUCCGGGAAAUACGUUCUCUGGGUCAAUGAACAUGGCAUCAAGAUCAAGAGAUCGCAAUUGAAGCUAGAUACUAGCGAAUCAGGAACUGAAUGGAAGACGAUGAGCCACAUCGACAGACCAGCUCGACCAGGAUGGGAAGACAUGGCGAGCGUAUGGAAGGCUCGAGCUGAAUGGAUCGACAGAGAUAACUUGGAGAUCGUUGAUGAGUCGCCUACAAACGCCGCCAACGGAACUCCAUCGAAGUCAGGCCUUAACAAGGUCAAAGUGGAGGAGGUUCUAGUUGGCUGGGGAGACUCAGCCUGGAUCAUCAAGGUGUAUCCUGGGACCGCAGAGGGCUCGGGGCACAAAACUGGACGCGCAGAGGUCGCUACGAUUAUACGAUUUGAUGACUGUACUAUAUCUGGAAUUUCGCUUUAUACCCCAAAUCUGCUUUUGGUACUUGCAUAUAUGGAGAAGAAAGGGCCCAGCCUGGCCUCUCAAGGUAAUGGAGAAGGGAAAAAGGGCCGUCGGACGCGUCACAAUGCAUUAGAACCGGAGCUGCGUCUCGUCGAUAUUCAUACCAAAGAGGAGAUUGACACGGAUACUCUAACCGUGAGUAGAUAUGAGACAUUGUCAGCCUCAGAUUAUCAUCUAGGCGUUCUCCCUCCAGUCAGGGUGCCAUCCUUCAUGGUACAAAAGGGCUAUCUUGGUGCACUUGGCUCAGGCAUGAGUACCGUCGGUUCAAGUCUCUACACCGGAGUGGAAACUGUAGGGCAAGGCGUCUGGGAUGCCACCAUGUUUGGACCACGAAUGUUGGGUGCGAAUCGGAUUUUCAGUGGUGCUGAUAGCAUCAAGAGUGGCACGACUGGGCCGGAACGUGGAAGUACUAGGGAUCGGAAAUAUCUAGCUGGCUGGAUUCCUGGAUUGGGGUCGGCUGACGCUACGACGGAGGAAGAAACACCACUGACUACGGCACAAAGCAUGAAGAUCUUCAUUCUCAGCCCCUAUGACUGUAUAGUGGCGGUCAAGCGCAAUCUCAAUGACAGGAUGCAGUGGCUGAUAAGUGUUAAGCGUUAUCAGCAAGCAUGGGAGCUAGUCGAUGAUCAUCCUGAAGCUGCAGGAAGCUCUCUCGAAAGCCCCGAAACAGAAAGUCCUCCAACUCCAUCCAAAGCAAGCUCGACAGCAAGAUCUGCCACAGGGACACUCUCAAGCCCCGACAAAAGCCGUCAGCAUGCGACGUUGGCUGAAUUCUUCAAUGAUUCAAAUUCCAUGACGAGCUCAGCACAAGCGAAGUCUAAGGGCAAGUUUUCGGCCGCAGAGAAAGAAAAGCGAAGGAUAGGCGAACUCUGGUUGAAACAGCUGACUGAUGCAAACAAUUGGCAGGAAGCUGGGGAAGUGGCUGCAAAAGUUCUCAACACAACUACACGGUGGGAGCAUUGGAUCUGGCGUUUCAUCAAAAGGCAGAAGUUUGAUGAGAUAUCGCCAUAUGUGCCCACCUUAGAACUGACACCCCCUCUACCGUCAUCUAUUUAUGAGAUCAUCCUCGGAUUCUAUGUUGAGACAGACAAAGCCCGGUUCAAAGAACUACUUGAUCAGUGGCCGUCUGAUCUCUUUGAAAUCAGCAGCAUUACCACGGCUAUCGAGGAUCAACUUCGUUCCGGGGGUGCGCUGAAGGCUUCGGAUGAUUGGAGACUCUUACAAGAAGGCCUGGCUAAAUUGUUCCUGGCCGACGGACGUUACAAUGAUGCCUUGAAAUGUUAUAUCCACCUUCAGGAUGCAGACACUGCUCUAUCACUCAUCAAAGAACACCAUUUGGUCGAGGCAAUAGCUGAUGAUAUCCCCAGCUUUGUCACCCUCAGAGUAACCCCAGAUCAGUUUAAAUCCGCAUCUACAGGCGAACUAGACGAACUUUCUGUGGACUCUAUCCAACUGCUUGUGGACGAAGCUACUGCCGGCGUUGUUGAAGCUGACGAAGUUGUCUCCCAAUUGAGUACUUCCAAGCUAAGGCCAUUUUUGUACUUUUAUUUCCGCGCUUUGUGGCGAGGAGAAGGUUCAAAUAGCGUGGCUAAAGGCCCACGGGUCGGCCAUUCAGCAGUUGCAACGGCCUUGAUUGCCGACACCGGCAAGCAGCUAGUGGAACAAUUUGCAGAUACUGCUGUCGAACUGUUCUCGGAAUACGAUCGAUCAUUACUCAUGGACUUCCUCCAGACAUCGACAGCGUAUACUUUCGAAAAGGCAGUGAAGCUGUGUGAGAAGAAACACUAUAUCGAGGAGCUAGUGUUUUUACUCAGCAAGACCGGUCAGAUGAAGAAAGCUCUGUUUUUGAUCAUCGAUGAUCUCAAAGAUGCGAAAAAGGCGAUAGCGUUUGCAAAGGAACAGGACGAUAAAGGCCUAUGGGAUGACCUGUUGGAGUAUAGCAUGUCUCGACCACGAUUCAUCUCAGAACUCCUCGCUGAGGUCGGAACGGCGAUCGACCCAAUAACCCUGGUCAAACGUAUCCCGAGCGGCCUCGAGGUAGAGGGUCUGAAGGAUGGAUUGAGGAAGAUGCUUCGUGAAUAUGAUUUGCAGGAUAGCAUCAGCUCGGGCGUGGCAAGAGUGCUGAGCAGCGAGGUUGCCGUUGGCAUGGAGACUCUCAGACGGGGUCGACGGAAGGGCAUCAAGUUUGAGGUGAUGCCACAUCAUCACCGAAAGCCCGUACACGAUGCGGAGCAUGUCGCAGAUGACGCUGAAAAGGGGACAAUCCCUGAAGAGGCUGUACAGAAACUCGAGGUUGAACCAGGUCGCUGUGCAAGCUGUCAUAGGGUCUUUAUUCAAGAUGAGAAGGAGACACUGGUGGGGUUUGCGUGUGGUCAUGUAUAUCACGUUUCGCACUUGUUACACGGACCGGAGGCGGAGGGGGACGAAGCUCCUUUACCGGAUUCCGCCACGAGGAGGGACCGUGACAGCGAAGGAGCGCUGGACGAUUUCAGGUUCUCGAGGAGCGUCGGGCCAAAGGUCACAAACGCGCGGCUUUUAAAGGACAAGAUUCAGGCGGUGGGUGGGUGUAGAAUUUGUAAAACAUAGGCAAAAGGAACAGAGAAACAUGAAUUGACCGCAAGAUCUGUCCCAAAGAUGUUGAUGAGAAGAUGGUUAUAUACAUACUGGGCAUAUCAUGCGAGGUGAAACAAGUGAACGACAUGAAAGCAACCGAGCGGUGUCUAUAUAGUGCGUAAGAGGUUGUCCAUGAACGAACAAAACCCCCA